AUGCCGCUAGGGCAAGACUCCAAAAUAGCGGACAUGGACCAAAAAGGAAACCUUGGCAAUUCUCGAGCCACUAAAUAUCAAAGUUCAGGCCAACAGAUUUAUACACUAAAGCUGCAAAAAACACCCACCAUCACCGAUUAUUUUGUUUCUUCAACAAAUGCCGAAGCACAUAGUGAUCCAAUUAUUGACGAUAAUGUCAGGCUAGUUCUUUCGUCUGAUAGUGUUAAUAUUGCAAGAGAGAGGAGAGAUAAUGAGUUUGAAGCAGAUUUCGACAAUAAUAUGGAGUUUGGGACCAAUGACGACGAAAGAAUCGGUAAUAAUGACAUCAAAAAACUGGUUGAUGACAACGAAAAAACUGGUAACAAUAAAACUGAUGACGAAGGAGCCAACGAUAAUUCUGAUAAUAAUGGGACUGAUAACAAUAAGAAAACUGAUGAUAUGAAACCAAUGAUGAUAAUGAACAGCAAUUUGCCAAUAAAAUGA